GUAAAUUGCUGCUAACAGUCUUUCUCCUGUUGACUUCCUGUACAGCUUUGAAGGAGACCAUGUGGAUUCAGCAAAAGCCUUGAGCACAUUUAUGGAGAUAGGCGAUUACCUGUUUGCAUUUAGCCCUCCCUCCUAACCCUGGAGAAGGACAGUGAAUGUUUAUGAACAUGAUUCGAAUCGCUGCACUGAAUGCAAGCUCCACAAUUGAGGAUGACUAUGAAGGUACCUUCAAAAGUCAUAAGACACAGACAAAGGAAGCACAAGAAGCAGAAGCUUUUGCUUUGUACCACAAAGCCUUGGACCUUCAGAAACAUGACCGCUUCGAAGAGUCUGCCAAAGCUUACCAUGAGCUGCUCGAGAUCCGUCUUCUGCGAGAGGCAGUUCUUUCUGGUGAUGAGAAAGAAGGGCUGAAACAUCCAGGCUUGAUGUUAAAAUAUUCCACCUAUAAGAACCUAGCACAACUGGCAGCACAACGGGAUGACCUAGAGACAGCCAUGGAGUUUUAUUUGGAGGCUGUAAUGCUAGACUCCACUGAUGUCAACCUGUGGUAUAAAAUUGGUCGUGUGGCAAUAAAACUCAUCCGCUUGCCUUUGGCUCGUCAUGCUUUUGAAGAAGGUCUCAGGUGUAACCCUGACCACUGGCCUUGUUUAGAUAACCUUAUCACUAUUUUGUACACACUCAGUGACUACCCAACAUGUUUGUACUUUAUCUGCAAAGCCUUGGAGAAGGAUUGUCUCUACAGCAAAGGAUUGGUUCUGAAGGAGAAGAUCUUUGAGGAGCAGCCUCUCCUCCGCAAAGAUUCCUUAAGGAUGUUCCUCAAAUGUGACAUGUCUAUCCAUAACGUAAAUGUGAGUACAGCUGAAACAGGAAGAAUCAUAGAUGAAGCUCUGGAGUUACGUAAGAAAAGACAGGCUUUGCUGGUGCAGGAGAGAGAACCGGACCUCAAGCUGAUCCAGCCAAUUCCCUUUUUCACAUGGAAGUGUUUAGGAGAAGCUUUACUUGCCAUGUAUCACCACCUCACAACAUGUGAUCCUCCUCGGCCCAGUCUGGGAAAGAGAAUUGAUCUCUCAGAAUACCGAGACCCUGUUCAGCAUUUGGUUCUUUCUCCUACCUCAACUCCUGUCAGUGUCAUUCAGCCAACUCCUGUCAGCACCACUGCAGUGGUGACAAUGCCAGAACCUGUGUUAGCUUAUACUCCCGUGACACCCAACUUUCCAAGCCACAGUCAGAAUUCAUUGGAACCAGGAGCUACUGUAGGUGAGCAAGGUGAUAUAUCUGCAGGAGAUAAAUCCAAGAAAGGGGUGAAGCGAAGAAGAAUUACAGAAGAUAGUGGUGAAACAGCAAAAAGGAGAUCUGCCAGAGUCCGGAACACGAAGUGUAAAAAAGAAGAGAAGGUUGACUUUCAAGAACUGUUGGUAAAAUUCCUUCCCUCCAGAUUAAGGAAAUUAGAUCCAGAGGAGGAGGAGGACCCUUUCAAUAACUAUGAGGUGCAGUCAGAGAUCAAAGAAGAAAAUUUCCAACAUGUUGGUCCUCAUAGAAUGUCAUUUGAUUCUACGACAUUCAUGGAAUCUGAGAAGCAGGAUGUUCAUGAAUUCUUGCUGGAUAACCUGAACAAUGGUGGUAUCUUGGAGCUGAUGAUGAGAUAUCUGAAGGUCAUCAGCCAGAAGUUCCUGGUGAAGUGGCCUCCUGGCUUGUCUGAGGUUGUGCUUAGUAUCUAUACUAGCUGGAGAAAGCACAGUACGAGCCUCCCCAAUCCAUUACUGAGGGACUCAAGUAAUCAGCAUAUCAAGGAUAUGAUGCUGAUGAGCCUUUCCUGCAUGGAACUGCAAUUAGAUCAGUGGCUGCUGGCAAAAGGGAAGAACUCUACAGUUUCUCCACGAAAUUGCCCUGCUGUCUCUGUGAAUGGAAAGUUUGGCUCUGACUUGCCAGGAAUUCAUUUCUUGGGAGACCUGCUACAGUUAUCGUUCGCGUCCUCGCAGCGAGAUUUAUUUGAGGAAGGCUGGAUGGAGUUUGUCACUCGGGUGUAUUGGCUGAAAGCUCGCUUUCUGGCGCUCCAGGGAGACAUGGAACAGGCACUUGAAAACUAUGAUAUUUGCACUGAAAUGCUGCAGAGCUCCACUACAAUGCAGCGUAAAGCUGGUGAUGACAGCAACAUCAUAAUACGAUUACCUAAUCUGCAUGUUGAUUCCGUAGUUUCUUUAGAAGAGAUUGAUAAAAACCUAAAAUCUCUGGAGAGAUGCCAGUCUUUGGAAGAGAUCCAGCGACUGUAUGAGGCAGGGGAUUAUACUGCAGUGGUGCAUCUGCUUCGCCCAACGUUAUGCUUUAGUGGAAGAGUCAAACAUCUGGAAUUUGUAACAUCCAUACCAGAGAGACCGGCACAGCUGCUUCUCCUACAGGACUCUUUGCUCAAGCUGCAAGAUUACAAGCAAUGCUUUGAAUGCUCAGAAGUUGCCUUGAAUGAAGCAAGUCAGCAGAUGAUGAAUAUGACGGCAGCCUCUGCUAAAGAAGAGUGGGUUGCUACAGUAACACAGCUGCUCAUAGGAAUAGAUAGUUCAUUAUCAUCAGACAACAGCAUCCUGAAAGAAUCUUCUGUAACAUCAAGCCUCGUUCGAUUAACAACCAACUUGAUUCAGAUCAUAGACUGCAGCAUGGCAGUCCAGGAAGAACCCAAAGAACCGUAUGUCUCCUCAGUUCUUCCAUGGAUCAUCCUACACAGGAUCAUCCAGCAUGAAGAAGAUGCUUUUCGAUCCCUUUGCUGCCAGCAGCAGCAGAACCAGGGUGAAGGAGUGAAUCCUGAUACUCCUAUGCUACCUUCUUCACUUAUGCUGCUGAACACUGCUCAUGAGUAUUUGGGAAGAAGAUCCUGGUGCUGCAACUCAGAUGGUGCUCUUCUCAAGUUCUAUGUGCAGGUACUAGAAAAAGAACUUGCAGCAUCCACUUCUGAAGAUACUCACCCAUACAAAGAAGAGCUGGAAACAGCUUUGGAGCAAUGUUUUUAUUGUUUAUAUGGUUUUCCUAGCAAAAAAAGCAAAGCAAGGUACCUAGAAGAACAUUCAGUACAGCAGGUGGAUCUCACGUGGGAAGAUGCCUUGUUUAUGUUUGAAUAUUUUAAGCCUAAAACUCUUCCAGAAUUUGACAGUUACAAAACCAGCACCGUUUCUGCUGACUUGGCCAACCUUUUAAAGAAGACUGCUACUAUUGUUCCUCGGACAGACAAACCUAUGCUGAGCCUAGAUACUGUGUCUGCCUAUAUCGAAGGAACAUGCAGCAAGGCGCCAUCUCUCCCAGAUGGUGCAGACUAUUCUCCACCAGUGGUGACUGAGUUGUAUUACCUUCUGGCAGACUACCACUUCAAGAAUAAAGAACAGUCCAAGGCCAUCAAAUUUUACAUGCAUGACAUUUGCAUUUGCCCAAACAGGUUUGAUUCGUGGGCAGGCAUGGCUCUGGCUCGAGCAAGUCGUAUUCAGGACAAGUUGAACUCUAAUGAACUGAAAAGUGAUGGCCCAAUCUGGAAGCAUUCUACUCCUGUCUUGAAUUGCUUCAAGCGAGCCCUCGAGAUCGACAGCUCUAAUCUCUCCCUGUGGAUAGAAUAUGGCACCAUUUCUUACGCCCUGCAUUCUUUUGCAUCUCGACAGCUUAAGCAGUGGAAAUCAGAACUCCCUCCUGAAGUUGUGCAGCAGAUGGAAGAACGCCGAGACAGCAUGUUGGAGACAGCCAAGCUGUGCUUUACGUCAGCAUCUCGCUGCGAGGGGGACGGCGACGAAGAGGAGUGGCUUAUUCACUAUAUGCUGGGAAAGAUUGCUGAGAAACAGAAACAGCCUCCCGUCGUCUAUCUGCUUCAUUACAAGCAGGCAGGUCAUUACCUGCACGAGGAGGCUGCCCGAUAUCCAAAGAAGAUUCACUACCAUAAUCCACCAGAACUUGCCAUGGAAGCACUGGAGGUGUACUUCCGACUUCAUGCUUCUAUUUUGAAACUUGUGGGGAAGCCAGAUUCUGGAGUAGAUGCGGAGAUAUUACUUAGCUUCAUGAAAGAAGCUUCUGAGGGACCUUUUGCCAGGGGUGAGGAAAAGAACACCCCAAAAGCUACAGAAAAGGAAAAAGCUUGCAUGGUUGAUGAAGACUCUCACUCUUCAGCUGGAACAGUGCCAGGCCCUGGGACUUCCCUGCCCUCAUCCUCUGGUCCAGGUCUGACAUCCCCACCUUACACAGCCACUCCAGUUGACCACGAUUACGUCAAAUGUAAAAAACCCUGUCAGCAGGCAACGCCGGACGAGAGGAGUCAGGAUAGCACUGCAGCAGUGCUGUCUGACUCCAGUUCCACACAGGAUAUGUUUAAUGAGCCUGCCAGUUCUCAAGACAGCCUGAGGAAGUCUUACACAGAGAAGAGGAUUACUACUGCCUGUGCUGAUGCCGUGAUGCCCAGCAAGGAGAUCCUGGGAUCUACUGAGGAGAAGAUUACAGGAAAAUCAGAAGAGCUGCUGGAGAGCUCAGAAUCUUACCACGCUGUUGAGCCUGCUGGCCAGAAAGUUCUGGUGGACCCUCAGCCUGCUUCUGGCAAUCCCUCCAAAACUGCAAUCCCCCCACCCUCGCAAUGGGACUGGAAGAAGAAAGCUGAAACGUGUGGAGAUGGAUCUGAAUUCCCUCAGGGUCUUCCAGCAGACCUCGAGGAGCAGCGGAAGUUCCUGACAGAGCAGUGUGUUGCCUCCUUCUGCUUGUGUCUCAGCCGCUUUCCUCAGCACUACAAGAGCCUCUACAGACUGGCUUAUCUGUACACUUACAGCAAAACGCACAAGAACCUGCAGUGGGCCCGUGAUGUGCUGCUGGGCAGCGGCGUGCCCUGGCAGCAGCUGAAGCACAUGCCUGCACAGGGGCUCUUCUGCGAGAGGAACAAGACCAAUUUCUUCAAUGUAAGUCUGUACCGUUGAUAAACAUAUCCUUAAUUUCUCAGCUAUCAUUUUAACACCUGUUUCUCUUUUGAAAGACUUAUGAAAGGAUGGUAAUGUAAAAUUUGGGAAAGGCAUGUUAAAUGAGCUACAUAAUUAGUGAACAAAAAGGCAGAACUGUAGAAUAGAGGUUUCUGCUGGGUUUUCUCCUCAUGGAGGGCAACACAUGAGAGGGUUGUUUCUGAUGAGCUUGAAUAUGUUGAGAGGUGUCAGCACUUCUGUUACACAUCAUUUACCAUGUACUUAAUGGCUGAGAACUCUCUAAAAAUUAUAAUUCUAUCAAUUGUAAUUAUCCUCUUGUUUACUCUUUCUCAAAUGGACUUUUAGUUCUCAAGUUCAACAAGUAGUGCCAGUUGCUCUCAGAAAUCUCAGGAGCUGGAAGGAGCUCUUGCAUUCUGCUUUUAUAUUUUAGCUCAGAAAAAGAACAUUUCCAAGCCACACAGCACAGCAGCAGUGCUGUCUAAUAGACUGUCCCUGUGUAUGUGAUAUAUUUUAGUCUACGUGGUGGUCUCUGCUUCUCUGGGUAACGUAGGAAAUCAUACUUAUGAGACUUCUAUGUGCACUUACGUACCAAAUUCCCUGCUGCAACUGAGGCCCAAUGCACUGCUGUUGUCUUCCAGUAUCUGUGGCUUCUCUGUGCUGUGUUCUAGUUUUUUGUGCUCUUUUGUGAUAGGAUUCUGUAACCGUUCUGUGGCUUGUGGUGUGUGGGAAGGACCUAGAAAUGUUCUGUUUGUUUCUGGACUAUGAUGUGGUUUCUUGUGAUUGCAGUGACAGAAUUUUGCCUCUGCAUACCCAUGCAAUGCUAUAGCCUAGCUUGAUAUUUUGAUUCAUCUGAAAUUUAUUUCCAUUUUAUACUUGUUAACAUCUGUCUUCAUCUUUGCUGUAUGUUGUGUUAGUUAGCACCUCUGCACGAACUUCUUGUGCUUUCCUCUGCUUACAGUCCCUCAGUUGGGCUGAACAACUAAGGGAUAUCGACAGCAGUUCAGAAUGAUAUCCUGGAUUUAUCUGUGAAAAGAAUAACGUCAUUCUGUCUUUCUAGAAAAAAAAUUUCAUUAACAACUACUGCCAGCCUGAUAGGUUGUGGACCAAACAGCAGCGGCCCGAUUGAUGACUGCAUGGCGUUGUCCUUCAGUAUGUGCCUGCAUUCUCUCUGAGAAUCCUGCACUGUGAUUAGCACUUGACAUCUGUGAAUAUCUUGACUCCAGCCCAGCUGACCAAGUAUUCUUGUAGAUGUUAAUGAAAUUAUUCAUCAUUCUUAAGGUCACGUGUGAGUUUUGCAUGAUCAUGGCUGACUUGUUCAUCAUCGCAGCAUUAAGUGUCAAGAAUGUAUUUUCAUGUUUGAGGAAUGAGGAAUUCAGUACUGUGUAUAAGGGAAUGUUUCUACUUGCAACUGUGAAUUACCACAUUGAGAGAUCACUGGUUGACUUAAAUGAUAUCUAGUUUUUGAAUGCUAGUGCUAGAUAAUUUAAUUUAGAUUCCAUUGCAUCCCUAGGUGCAUGUUUUCCAUUGUUAUUUUAUAGAACAAUCAUUCUUUACUGCUCAUAUUGGUAUUUUUAUACUCUGAAAGAUGAAAAUGCUAGGAUUGAUAAACUCUUUGAAAUAAAGGAUAGUUUUCAAUGAAAGAUAAUGCUAGCCUGGUGCAAUACACCAGCAACACUGUUAGAAAAGUGAGGAAGUAAGUGACAGUGAUGGCCUCAGCUUGGACAUAGGUCAAUGUUAGCCCCAAGUUUUGCAUUUAGAAUGUUGCAAUCAGGUAUGAGACAUUUCACACUGGGGACUCGAGUUCUGCAGUGUGGCUCUGCUGUGGUGACAGCAUAACCAGGGAUGGCUGGCACAGCUUGUGGGGGUCCUGGUGAAUUGGUGCUAACAUCUUGAUUACUCCUGCAGGCACGCAGAUUACUCUUGCUGUUAACAGAUACAAUAUACAUAAUGAGCUUAGCGUGAUUAAAUAUUUUGGUGAUGUCAUUUUCUACUAGCUAUAUUUUCAAAAUCCUCUUCAAGCAAUGCUUGUAGAACAUGUGGCAGUAAUCCAAUACAGAUGACACAAACAUAGCACAGUGAGAAAAUCCAGAUCUGAGAGAGAAAUGGCAACAAGUACACAUGAAAAAAACUGUUAAUGUCAUCUGACAUUCCAGAGUGGGACAAACCUAAACCUGUGAGCAACUUGGAAAGAAAAACCUUUCUGGGUUAAACCUCAACUAGCUCGUUCCCAUGCAGAGCUCCUAGGCUGGCAGUGGUAAGCAAAGCACAUGUGCUGCACCAUCUGGGUCAGUGCUCAGAAUAUAGACCUGUGUGUCAUCCACCACAGCCAGAUGGUGGCACAGCCCACUGGCCCCACUGCUGUCUUCGCUUACAGACUCAGGUGAUAAAACAAGAACUCCAAAGACUGCUACACAAGUAAGCAGUCACAUAAUCUUAGAAAUUAAAUGGCUAACCUAAGCUUAUGAAUGCCUUCCCUGGGGUAUUUUGAACAGAAACACUUCAUGUAGGAUGUCUGUUUGCUUCCAUAUAACGAGUUUGAUUUUUGGUUUUUUGAGAACUCUUUAGCUUUCAUGCUACAAAAGAAUUAAGUGAAUGUCUAAGUGGCUUUCUGAAUAUAAUUUAUCAUAGCAAUACCAUAUCCUAUACUUUAUUGGAGCCAGUAGCAAUGGUGGUGUUAGUCUCUUGACCAGACAGAUUCAGGGUUGUUGAAAUUACAGCUGGCUUGUUUUUACAAGUACAAACAAUAAUGUGCAAGAGAAAGCUAAGCAGCUCGAAGACGAGCAGGGACUGUGCCAGCCUGCUCCUCCCAGACAUUUUAUAAAUCAUGCAUACUCCUAGUAGAAUUAUUUAUGAAAUGUUUAUGAGAGCACUGUAUGAAAAGAAAUAAACACAGGGCAAACUGUC